AUGUCUCCCUCAGCACCCAUCACCAAGCUUCCAGCAGAGCUCCUUCAAGCCAUCGCUGACAACCUUGAUAUUGAAGAGUACAUGGUCCUGAGAAGAUCUUAUACCCAGGUCUGGCAAUCUCUCAAACCUCCCGCCCUUUCCAAUCUCCUCAAACUCGAAUUCUCCGCCUUCGCUAUUGAGCACAAAGUCUUAGCCUGCCACAUUUGCUGCCGACUGCGUCCGCUCUGCAAGUUCGCCGAUGAUAUUGUACACCGAGGCAUGCUCAAGCGUAGCAGACCUGAGAGGUUUUGCAUUGACUGUGGGAUCGGCAGCGGGUUUGAGGGUUAUGGGAGUGAUGAUUGGGUAGCUACCCUAGAUGGCGAGAUGCAUGCAAGAUGUCCAUUGUGUAGAGAUGUGGGAAGCGUGGGCAGACAUUGUAAGGGAGGUGGGAAUCAGGAGAGGGUUGCUGUGGGAGACCUCCGUCAUCUAUACCAAGGAUAG